AUGCGAAAAGAGAUUCAGUCAUGUGGAAAGAGUUUCACACGAAAAGGAAGCCUUACAGCACACAUGAGAGUUCAUACUGGAGAGAAGCCGUUCACUUGUGAUCAAUGUGGGAAGAGUUUCUCACACUUAACAAACCUUAAGAAACACAAGAGGGUCCACACUAGAGAGAAACCGUACACAUGUGAUCAGUGUGGAAAGAGUUUCACACGAAAAGGAAGCCUUACAGCACACAUGAGAGUUCAUACUGUAGAGAAGCCGUUCACUUGUGAUCAAUGUGGGAAGAGUUUCUCACACAUAACAAACCUUAAGAAACACAUGAUCAUCCAUGCUGGUGUGAGAGAUUAUAUGUGCUUCGAAUGUGAAAGGACUUUUACUUCAGUGAACUGUUUAAAACUGCAUGAGAUGAUUCACACUGGUGAGAAACCUUACAAGUGUUCACACUGUGACAAGAGAUUCAGUCGGUCAGUAAAUCUGAAAACACACGAGAGGAUCCACACUGGAGAGAAACCAUAUCACUGCACUACAUGUGGGAAGCAUUUCAAUCGUUCAUCUAAUCUACGCACACAUACAAAAAACAUUCACAGCAAGUAGAUCAUCUUCAGAUCACUUUCGGGUCUGAUGCCAAAAUCAAUAAUGCAUCAAGCAAUAAAAUAUC